GCAGCCGUCUGGAAGGGGAGGGGAGCCGUCUGCCUUCCGCUUCUGGGGCUGGAUUGACACACAAUGAGGAGCAGAGAGGCCGGGGAGACGCUCCACAAACGCCGCUGUAAAUAAUUACAACAAUCACAGAGGCCGGAGAAACAUGGAGAACCAGUGCACGGUGCAGGUGAAGCUGGAGUUGGGUCACAGAGCUCAGCUGAAGAAGAAAGUGACCUCUGAAGGCUUCACCCACGACUGGAUGGUUUUUGUCAGAGGCCCAGAGACCGGCGACAUCCAGCACUUUGUAGAGAGGGUCGUCUUCCGCCUGCAUGACAGCUUCCCCAAACCCAAGAGAGUAUGCAAGGAGCCUCCAUACAAAGUGGAGGAAUCGGGCUACGCAGGCUUCAUCAUGCCUAUCGAGGUUUACUUCAAGAACAAGGAGGAGCCAAAAAAAGUCAUCUUCAAUUAUGACCUGUUCCUUAACUUGGAGGGAAACCCUCCCGUUAACCACCUGCGCUGUGAGAAACUCACCUUCAACAACCCCACCAAAGAAUUCAGGAAAAAGCUCAUCAAGGCGGGAGGGAUACUGGUGGUCCCUGAGGGGGCUGAAGCUAUGUCGAGGCCCAGUCCGGACUACCCAAUGCUUCCCACCAUCCCCCUCUCAGCCUUCUCAGACCCCAAAAAGACAAAGACCUCUCAUGUAUCAAAGGAACCAAGCAAAGAAGGAAGUGGUGGCAGCAGCAAAGGACCCAAACCACACAAACUGACCAAGGAGCACCGUGAACGAUCGCGGAAAGACUCUGAGAGCAAAGGGUCGUCCAAAGGCGACGACCGAGAUGGGAGCAGCAAAAGCGGUCGCGACCCUUCCUCAUCCUCCUCUUCAAAAAAGCCGUCAGAGAUCAAAGUGAAGGACGAAGUGAAAGUUCAGCCGAAGGCGGCCUUCAAGGAGCCCAAGCUCACCCUGAAGGAGUCGAAGAUGGACGGCAUGUCCCCCAAAGGAGGGGGGGCAGGAAGCGGCGGGGGAGGCGGAGGAGGAGCGGUGGAGGCCAAAGCUCCGGGGAAGCGCCCCUCCACCGUGGAGUCCCCCAAACCCAGCGCCAAGAAGCAGAAGAAGGGCAGCUCCGACGGGCUGAAGGGGCCGACCGGCAGCGCGUUCACCGGGACGUCGCCGCGCGUCUCCUCGUCCUCGGCCAUCAGCCAGUCCUACGGCGAGAAGAAACCUUCCAAGGAGAAAGGCCGCUGGCCGCCCAAAAACAAAAACGAUGCCCAGGAGCUGAAGGAGCUCAAGAAACUUCCAGAGUCGGAGGAGUCCAAUUCAGAGGACGAAGUGUCGUCAAAGUCAGAGCAAUCGGCUGCUUCGAGUCCUUCCAACUCAACUUCCAGUUCUGACUCCAGUUCAGAUUCGGACUUUGAGCCUGGACAAAAACCAGGGCAAGGCCCGCUCAGAUCCAUGGUGGAAGAGAUCCAGUCUGAAGAGUCGGACGACGACGACAGCAGCUCAGAAGAAGGGACGCCCAUCAAAACCAACCCCCCCAACCGCGACUCUCGACUCAGCCUGGACAGCGAGAGUGACAGCAGCGACGAAUCGCACCGCCCCAGUCGAGACCCCGCUCCACCCCCACAGAAACACGGCUCGUCCAACAACAAAGUUGUCCGAAAAAGUCCAGAUUCCUCUUUUCGCUCGGAGAAGGUGAUGAAGAAGGGAUACGACAAGGUAGGAAGGGCCUACACAGAGGAGCUGGUGGACCUCCACCGCAGACUGAUGGCAUUAAGGGAGCGAAACGUCCUGCAGCAGAUUGUCAACCUGAUCGAGGAGACCGGCCACUUUAACGUGACAAACACCACCUUUGACUUUGACCUCUUUUCAUUGGACGAGUCCACCGUCCGCAAACUACAGAGCUACCUGGAGGCGACGGCCACGUGACAGGAAGCGGCGGGGGGCGGCGUGUGGAUGUCAGCGGCAGAGGUAGCCUCGCCAUCAUGCCUGCUCUUUGCGGAAGAGACGAGCAGAAACGUCUGUCGCGGCCUUUUCACGAGCCUGACUGAAGCAUCGAACAACCACACCACGAAACAGAAACACACGAACAGUCGCAAGCACACAACACCACCUUCACGUGACGCUGGGGAGGAAACAGGAGGAGGAGGAGGUGGUGUGUGAGGAAACGCCGGAGCAUCUGACCUCCGUCUGGUCAGGGUUUUCACUACACACACUUCGAAUCUGUGCCGAGCUGAGGAAUUCGCCCAACAAACCCCCACCCCGUCCCUCCCUCCUGCACUUAAACCGCUCCCGCCUCUGCAAACCUAAUACUCCCCUUCCUCCUCCUCUUCCUCUUCUCCUCCUCCUCCUCCUCCUCCACAUGCACACUCCUGUCUGAGCAGAACACUCCGGCCCCAGCAUUGUCAGCUGGAGCUCAUUUCUCUUCCAACACACUCCUGAGUUGUGUGUGAACGCCGUCCGUGAGUCUGCGCGCGACUCGUUCUGCUGAGGUUUAAGAGGACAUGUUGUCUUUGUGGUCACCGACUUCUUUGUUUAUGAAACUUGAGCACAAACAGCCGGUUGCAUUUCUACCACCAGUCACUCGCCAACAAGCACACUUUGCCCUGCUAACCUCUACCUCCCGUUUGGCAUUAUUAGUUUAUAAGCACUGAAAAUGCUUUUAACACACUUUAGUUUUCUUGUAAAUGACAGAAAAAGCUUCUUGACAUUUUUUUAUUUUGGGUUUUAAGAAGUAAAAACAUUGAUUUUUCUGUUUUGUUUUUUUUCCGCCGAUGUAAAGUUUUUGUUACAGAGCUAAUUGAUGGUUGUCUUCUAGAACUGUUAAUUUUUUUAAUCACUACAGAAAAGAUUAAUAGUUGCCUCAUUGUUGUUGCUUCAUUAUUGUUAGAUACAAAUUACCCAGAAAGUAGCACACUUUUGUUUUUAAUUUAAAAACUAACUUUUGUUGUUAAAAUGCAAAAUUAAAGUUACUUCAGCCAAGAUUAAGAAAAGAGAGGCUGUCUGGUUGCAACAAAUUUAGAUUGAGUUUGAGUUUUAUCCGAUAAUAAAUGACAAAGUAAUGAUAUAUUGUGAGUUUAUAUUGAAUUAAUUUGCAUUUUAUCUAUCCUUUCUUUGGAUAGCCUGAAAAGUUUUCCAAGUACUGAAACAUUUUUUCAUGAAAAAUGUUGUUAAAAGCUUAAAUUACGUAUUUAUGAUCCAUGUAAAAAAGACAAAUGAACUGAAGGGAUGAACACGUUUAAAAUCUGCAAGGUUUUCUCUGAUUGGCAGCACAAGCCAGGAAAAUCUGAAUUUAUUUCCCUUUUUAAUUAAAUUACGUCACUGUUUACAACAACCACUCUUCUUGAAUUGCAUAAAAAACAGGGAAAAUGCUUUGAUGCCUAAAUGUUAAUUUUUUAAAAAAAUCUUUUUUUCUGUUGAAUUAAAACAGAAACAUCUUUAUUCAUCACUCUUUUGAAAUCUGUAAAAACAGUAAUCAUCCUCUCAGAAAAUUAGUAUCAACCAGCAAAAUUCUAGCAUUAUGGUACAAAAUGGGUCGGGAUAGGAUGAGUUUUCUUUCUUUGAUCAAAAACUAAAACGUUUUGCCUUUAAAACUAAGGAAAAAAUAAAACGGUGAUGGUUCAGAGAAAACUUGCUAAAACCCCAAUUUAAGAGUAAAAGUUUUGCACAGUGCUCUGUGUCAUUAUUUCCUUUUUUUGUUUUCAGUGCUUGUAAACACAGUAAGGAGGGGUUGUGGUGAAGUGAUGCAUAUUUUCUCCUGUGUGUGUCCCGCUCCGGUUUUCAGCCGUCUGUACAUUCGAAAACACAUGUUCUGUUGCGUUCCUGUGCUUUCCCACUGAAAGCUGAGCCUUGACCUCCAGCAGACCCCUUAACGCCCCCCUGCACCCCCGCUGCUCCCCCUCUGCUCUGCGUGAACGAAAGGGCUCCGAAGCUCCUGGCCACAGCAGUGGAGGAUCGCUCCUGAAUUUGCCUUCUAGGUGGGGUGGAAAAAAGAAACGACAAAAACAAACAAAAAAACAGUAGCCAUACUUCCCAACAAAACAAAGAGGAGAAAAAGAGGGGGGGGCACGCUUUUUUACAUUUUAUUUUUCUACAAGUGCAUUUUGUGUAUUUAUUCCCAAGACAACCUGUGAGCUCUGAAUGUAUAUUGCUUUUACUUUUUUACGGCUUGCAACAGCCCCACUCCAGUGCCUUUUCCUGCAGCGCGCAGCACUAAGCGGGGGGUGUGCGCUCUGCUAGCGUCGCUCACACAGAUUGAAGACCCCACCCUCCCCCUCCUACCGUAAACCCCUCCUGGGGGGAACAAGUGUUAAUUGGGAUGCCUGAACAUCCAGUAUUGUCUUAAUGGUUCCCAUCCCUGCUGUGGUCCUUCUUUUUUUCUUUUUUUUUUUUUCUUUCUUUUGUUAAAUCAAGAAUAUCUCCGUUAGUCCAACAUAAUUGAUAGUUUUUGUGGAUGGUGGUCAUCUUUUUUCUGUUCUAAGGUUAGGGUUUGUG